AUGGUCGAUAAGGCCAAAACUGAUGUUAUCAGCUCACUUCCAUACCCCACAACUGUGAAGGAAAUUCGUUCCUUUCUUGGUCAUACAGGUUUUUACAGACGCUUUAUUAGGGAUUUUUCUAAGAUUUUGCGACCGCUGUGCAAUCUCUUGCAAAAGGAUAAAGAGUACAAAUUUGAUCAAGCGUGCAAAGACGCAUACGACACUCUCAAACAAAAGCUUGUUUCAGUUCCUAUAGUACAAUUGCCAAAUUGGGACUACCCUUUCGGGCCCAUGUGCGAUGUAAGUGACCAAAGUAUAGGAGCUGUCAUUAGAAACUUUGCCAAAUUCUUAAGAAAAGAUACCAUGUCUCGCAAAAAAACUAGAUCUUCAAAGACUACUCCUAUUUUGAUCGAUGAAAAAGUGAAAGAGAGAUUUGAUUCAAUCUUCAAGCAUCAACCUAUUAUGCCGGAAAAUUUUUUUAACUUGAAGAGUAAUGAUUUGAUGGUUGUUCCUAUACCGUUUAGAAAGAAAAUCAAUGCUCUCAAGUGGGAACAAUUUGGUGAUACUCGUUCACUUCCCGAUGAUGAACUAGUUCGAGAAUUCUAUGUUAGUUUGACUAUGCAAGAGGCUACUGAGGUCAUCGUUUGA